AUCGUCACAGUGUGGCGCUUAUGUCGACCUUGUAUAGACGUAAUGUUUUUAUAGCGCUUCAUAUUUUUGAAAAUUAUUUAAAUUGAUAAUUUCGUUUUUGAUGGAAUAGCGCAAUAAACAAAGUUAAUAUUUAAACAAUAAUUCGUUAUAUCUUCUUGUGCUCGAUAUCGUUUGAUUAAAUAAAAUAUAUGAAUGUUUCAUAUAUUUCAUUGAAAGAUAAAAGUGAGAGUAGCGGUGUUGAUGAAGUAAAUUGCAACUGUUUAAUUUUAACUUUCUAAUUCAAUUAAAAAAGCAUUACUAUAAUGUCUCCAGCGAGAUUAACUAGAAAUAAUGAAAAUGAAUUUGAAUAUCCAAGGGCGAAAAAAAGAAAGACUAGUAUUCACGACAGAAAUGUUAAUGGCUCGAUAGUAAGGUUAGAAUGUAAUAACAAUACCAGCUUACACGCAUUUGAUACAUCUUUUUUGAAUGAUUUUAAUUCAAUAAAUUCAUCCAAAAGUCCUGAGAUAUUAAUGGAAAAUGAUAUGAUAAUAAAAGCAGAAAUAUUAGAUUCUAUUACUAUUAAAAAUGAAAAUGAAGAAAUCGAUUCAAUCGAAUCAAAAGAUAAUAAAUGUGAGAUAUCUGAAAGAAUCAUUAAACCUACGAGUAAAAUGACCUCUCCUACGAAAGCUAAACGAAACAAAAGGAUUAAUGAUGUCUUAAUCGAGGAAGAAAAAAAUAUUAUGAAAGAGUCACGAGAUAUAGGAGAAAGUGUAGAAAUAUCGGACGAUGAUAAGGAGAAAUUAGAAAAUUUACAUGUUAAAUUGAUGCACGAAGUACUACCUCAACAUAAAAUUGAAAGUAAUGCCGGAUGUCGUGGACCAAAGGAUCAUGAAAAAAAAUUAUUUGAAAAGUAUGGACCGCUUCGUAAAGGUACUUACUCCUUGCAAGAAGAUGAAAUUAUCAAAAAAAAUUGGAAAAUGUUUUGCAAAGUUCACAAUUGGAAGGAAGAUAAUGUAAAACCAUUCCUGUCGUUAAAACAUAAUGCUAAUGGAUUAUCAUGGAGAACUUUGUAUAGUGUAUAUUGGCGGUUCAAAAAUUUAUAUCACAAUCGUAUCUGUCAAAGAUAUAGUCCUGAAGAGGACGAAAAGAUUAUAACUUAUGUAGAGAAGAAAAAGAAUAAUCUUAAUAAGCAUAAAGUUUUUUCUGAUUUAUCUAGAAUAUUGAAUCGUUCUAAGCAAUCAAUCUGGAUGCAUUAUGAGUUUAUUAUAAAAAAGCGCAACGUCGAGGAGGAGAAUAUUUAUGUACUGAAACCAGUGUGGACAUUAUCAUUAAUUAAAAGAUAUAUUAAAAAAUUAGUUCGAUUAACGUUAUGCGACGAUAUACAAGAAUUGAAAAAUGCUAUUAUCCCAAAGGUAGUUUGGAAAGAGUUAGAAAAGAAAUUAAAUAUAGAUCAUAAAACGCUGAAAAACUUUUGGGUACUACAAUUGCAUAUGCAACUAUUUUGUCCAAAUAUCAUUUAUAUGAAUGAUGUUAAAAUACAAUUGAUAGAGUAUAUGUUUGAGAAAGGAAUAGCGGAUAGUAGAGAAAUAGUAUGGUCAAAUCUUGUUAAGUACUUCGAUGGAAUGACUUCUUCGUUUCUAAAUAAAACAUUUGUCUAUCUCAUGAAGGAAUUUGACGUGAAAAAAUAUAGAAGGAAAAGUUUUUUGGACGCUAUAGAAUAUUUGUAUGAAAAAAAAAUAUCGGAAAUAAAAAACCAUAAAUUGGAUAGAUAUUUACCUAGAAUUCAAUAUACUAAUGGAAAUAUAGAGAUUAUUACUGAAGAGAAAAUGAAUAAACUAGGAGAAAGAUGAACGAAGUAACAAAUAAAUGACUAAUAAAUAAGAUAAAUUUUUUAUCUAAUUUUUCAAAUUAAGUAAUGCGCAUAGUAAAGUAAUAAUAAAUUUAAUUGUACAUAUAUUGGGUUGUAACGCAUAAAUGAAUUCAAUUGUAUUCGAUUAUAACGCCGCGUCUAUACUAUAACAAAUUUAAUUGUGUUACAACCUAAUACAUACAUCAAUUUACAAUACACACAAUCGACCAUUUUUGGUAAUGACAAUAUGUUUUGUAGAAGCUAAAAAUAUGAAAUUUAUUUUAGAAAAUGUGACGAUACAUUAAUCUGUCUCAUACCAAUUAUACGUACAUAAUCUAUUCUUUCUUUUCUUUUUUUUUUUUUUUCUUUUUUUUUUUUUUCCUUUCUUUUCUUUUUUUUUUACACAAGCUCAUAUUGAAAUAUAAUAAUACUUUAUGUCUUGCUUUUUUUAGAUUCUUUCUCAAGCGCCUUUUCCUUUGCCCUUUGAUAAAGAGGAAUAAGUUUUCCUUCUUUGGCAAGUAUUUUAAGUAAUUCCAUGAUAAGAGGAAGGUAGUUGUGUUUUCUUCGUAUAUUUUCUAUUUGAUAUCGUUUUGAUUUUCUUAUUUCUUCUUCGAUCAAUGCCUGUAAACGUUCUAAUUCUGCAGGAUCACAAACAUUUGUUUUUUGACGUUCAUAAAGAGUCUUUCUGUCAGUUACUAUAGCCAUCAAAUUGAAAUGUAUUUCUCCCUCGUUAUACCUUUAUAUAAAAAUUUCAUUAGAAUUCCUAUUACAGGUAUAAUAUUUAAAAAUUAAGAAUUAUAAAACUUACUUAUUUAUACAUUUCUGAAUGAUAGGUUUGGCUGCUUGAACCCACUGAUCGCCAACCGGACACGGUCCUAAAUCCAUAGGUCCAUCCUUUAAUCCAUCAAGUUCAUAUAAUCUACCAUCGAUUGGCACAUAACUCACAAAGUGGAAUACGUCGUCGUCUUUGGAUGCUUGCUUAGUAUCGUACUCGAAUAAAGUUUGUCUAGAAAUAUUUAAAAUAAAUGAAUAUAUAAGAAUGCUUGAUCUCAA